AUAAGAAAUCAAAAAGAUUCAUAGAGAAAAGGGGAUAAACCGAAAAAAGCCCUCCCCAAAUCUCUCUUUCUAUCCUACUCCAUUCUACGACCUUUCAACCUCCUAAGAGCAUCAGAUUUCACCAUUACCACUGUCGGUCUAACUCCAUUUCACACGCCAUUUACGAAGCUUCAACUUGCAUUCUUUUCCUCUAAAAGAUCUUGUCGUGGUUCGAAAUCUGUAAAAAUUAGGGUUUUAUAAUGGAUGGUUUAGGUGGGUCGUCGACAGAAACUCCAGUGAGCAAGAAACUCCAUGAAUUUUCAAGAAUUUACCAGUAUUAUUUGGACAAGACGACACCUCAUGCAGUUCCUAGAUGGGUGGGAACAGCAAUUAUUGCUUUGAUUUAUGGAAUUAGGGUUUAUUUUGUUCAAGGUUUUUACAUCAUUACUUAUGGUCUUGGGAUCUAUAUCUUGAAUCUGUUAAUUGGGUUUUUAACCCCAUUGAUUGACCCUGAAUUAGAGGCUUCUGAUGGUGCUGUUUUACCCACUAAAGGUUCUGAUGAAUUCAAGCCCUUUAUUCGCCGUCUUCCGGAGUUUAAGUUUUGGCACACCAUAACUAAGGCGUUCUGCAUAGCAUUUGUUAUGACUUUCUUCUCUGUGUUUGAUGUUCCUGUAUUUUGGCCAAUAUUGUUGUGUUACUGGGUUGUGCUGUUUGUUCUCACCAUGAAGCGCCAAAUAGCACACAUGAUCAAGUACAGAUAUGUUCCUUUCAGCAUUGGAAAGCAGAAAUAUGGAGGGAAGAAAUCGGGUGCAGCUGCCAGUGGUUCUCGUGCUGACUGAUGAUACAUCCAAUAUUUGCAGGUAUUGGAGAAGUGAAAGAUCAACCUUAACCUUCCUCUGAAUUUUAGUGUAGGACAAGAGUGAAGGGGGCAAAUUGUGACCAAAUAUAUAUUUUUCAUCUGCGUAUUUUAGAAGUAUAUACCGCUAUCUGGUUGCAUUUUAAUUACCCUGCAUUUGCAAGGAAAUUUGUUGUUGCUUAGUGUGGACCUAUACUUGGCUGUUGUUUUUGUUAAAUGGUAUCGAUUUCAUGGUGUAUUAAAGCUCCAAGUAUUAGCAAGGCACUUCCCUAUUCAUUUAUUUUCCUGUUCCUUCUUUUUUUCUCCGUGAAUACAAUUCUAUUGUUCUAAUUCUGUAUGUUAAAUACACUUUUAUUAUACUUAAACAGGCAUUAUUUGACGUA